AGAAUCAGCUGGCAGGAUAAGCCCCUCGUGAAGGCUAAAUGGUGACCUAUAUGCUGUUUUCACUGUUGUCAUCUGUGCUUGCAAGUUUAACUAACAUUUCAGACCCUAGGUUAGGAGUUACGGAGAAGAUCUUUACCAAAUAUGCAGUGUUUUUCACAUUGUUGGUCAAGUUGUGUGUCUGGGUAGUGAGAACUUGUUGAGAUGGUAAGACUAGAGCUGUGUAUACAUUAUACUGGUGUGUGUUAUAUACAUAGGAUGAUAGUAAAGUUCACCUUGGCUGCUCUCUAGAUUGAAUGGUUCCCAAGAGAAAUACAAAUAUUUGUCCAAAACUCACAACAUAUGUUAAUGAGAAUGAGAUUCAUCUUAGUACAAUAUUAGCUAUGCCUUUAACUAAGUAGAAGGAGUAUUAAGCGAAGACCGUCAGUGAAAGGCUACAUCACGGACGUCACAUAGUACUAUGUACAAAUGUAUAUAGGAUUUCAAUGACUUGAGGGGGUCGUGUGUUUUCAUGGGAUUCCAAAACCGUUUGGAGAUGUUACUGACCAAGUCUGGAGGUCAGAAGUUUACAAAGUUUGGUGUUGGAAUCGGUGAAAGUGACAAGAGACAAGAGAAUAAUGGCGGAAGAUGUGGCCUCGAGAUUAUGUCAACUUAAAAUCAACCUCUUUUUAGAACCAGUGCAGGAGGUUGAUUAUAACUCGGAGAAGGAUUAUAAAACCCCUAAGAACACUGACAAUGAGGUUAUUUUUGGGCCGAUGAAACUAAAACAGAGCACAAUGUCGAUACUCCUGGUGUUUGCCAAGGAGGACGCUCAGAGUGAUGGUUAUUGGUGGGCCACAGAGAAGAUCGGCUAUAAGUGUUGUAUCGCCACCAAUGCUGAGGGUGCUCUGGAGUGUUUCCUGGACAAACAUCCAGAUGUGGUCAUCAUUGACAACAGGAAUAAUAAACAUUUUGAUGCAGAAGCUCUCUGCAGGUCCAUGAGGGCAACAAAGGCCAGCCAGCAUACAGUCAUUGUAGCUGUAAUGAAACGAUUAUCCACAGAUAAAGACGAACCGUCCGUUCUACCUCUUAUUAAGGCAGGGUUUAAUAAAAGAGUUGUAGAGAAUCAGAACUUGAGUGCCUGUAUCAAUGAAUUGCUGUGUCUGGAGUACGGCGAGGUACGGACACAGCUACAGUUAAGUGCCGCCAAUGCUCUCUUCUGUGCUCUUGACAAUGUCUCAGACGCUGUGGAGAUAGCAAGCGAUGACCACGAAAUUCAGUACGUGAAUCACGCGUGGGAGAGGCUCAUGGGAUACGGGAGUGAGGAAGUGAUGGAAAAAGACUGUAUGGAAGUAACGAAAAAUGACCACAACAAACCAGAUCUCCAGGACGCUAUAAAUACCCAACUCAAAAAGGGAAAGUAUUGGGAAGGAACUUACUACACACGGAGAAAAAAUGGAGAGAUAUUACCUUCUCACUGUCAUUUUAGUCCUGUAUUAGGCCCCACAGGGCAAGUGUCACACAUUAUAUCCGUGAAGACAACUACAACAGAUACCUCAGUGAUGGAGAGAUUUAAGGACACAGACUACAGUGUUGUCAAUGGUGGCGUGUAUGGCUUCCCUCGGCGACGAGAAUCUAUAACCAAAAUACAUUCAAUGACAAUAGAAGCACCAAUAACCAAGGUAAUUAACAUAAUAAAUGCAGCUCAAGAGAACAGCCCUAUUACAGUUGUGCAGGCCCUAGACCGUGUACUCGAGAUCCUACGUACAAGUGAGCUCUACUCGCCGUUUCUAGCACAGCAACUCCGCGCCGAUGAAGACCCAAUGACCACAGACCUAGUGGGUGGGAUAAUGUCGCAAUCCAUGAAACGACAACUGAUGGCUAGCACCCAAGAUGUCAACAGUAACUCUAGCAGUAAAGCAAGUCACCCUCUGUACACACACAUUCCAACCCAUCCGACGACUCUGGCCCAGGUACCAGACCAUAUAAAGGUGAUCCUCCAAUCAGAGCCGUCCUGGGACUUUGACAUCAUCAGUCUCGAAAAAGCCACAAAACACAGACCUCUUGUGUAUUUAGGUUUAAAGACAUUGAUGCGUUUUGGAGUUUGUGAAUAUUUUCAUGUAAAUGAAAGGUGUCUAACGAACUGGUUAACAGUGAUAGAGACAAACUACCAUAGUUCAAAUUCUUACCAUAACUCAACGCACGCCGCCGACGUCCUCCACGCCACUGCCUAUUUUCUGGAGCAGGACCGAAAUAAGGCCGUGCUGGAUCAGAGCGACAUCAUCUGCAGUUUAAUAUCCGCCAUCAUCCACGACGUUGACCAUCCAGGACGUACCAACGCCUUUCUCAUCAAUGAAGGCAACCAGCUGGCCAUUCUCUACAAUGACCAGGCAGUACUGGAAAGUCAUCACUCUGCUUUGGCCUUCCAGCUCUCGUGGAAAAAUGAUUCGGCCAACAUUUUCAAAGGCUUGGACAAUGACGAGUACCGCUCAACAAGACAGAACAUCAUCGACAUGGUCCUAGCCACAGAGAUGCGACAUCACUUCGAACAUCUCAACAAAUUUGUCAACAGUGUCAACAAAGCAACGCUCAAGUACGAGGACACCUCAUCAAUGAGUGGCAAUGGUUCUCCAGACAGUACGAUGGUCCUCCAUCAGCUGUCCACCCCAGAGAACCGUCUGCUCAUUAAACGCAUGCUCAUCAAGUGUGCUGAUGUAGCCAACCCUUGUCGACCUCUUGAUCUCUGUGUGGAGUGGGGCAAGCGCAUCGCAGAGGAGUACUUCAAUCAGACGGAGGAGGAGAAGACUCGGGGAUUACCAGUGGUGAUGCCGGUGUUUGACAGAAAGACUUGCAGUAUACCCAAAUCCCAGAUUAGCUUUAUCGAUGUUUUCAUCAACGACAUGUUCGACGCAUGGGAUUACUACUGCAAUGUCCCUGAGCUCAUCACCCACCUACAGAACAACUACAGGCACUGGCAACAGGAAGACGAUACGCUCAGCAACCGCGAGGGCCAGCUAGAACAGGACGCGUCUCCAGGGGGCGAAAACUCCUAGACACACCCUCCUGUGCUUAAGUGGUCGUUAUCAAGCUCAUAAAAACACUUGAGACACGCCCUCGUAAUUGUGUCCGUUAGGGAGCUCACUUAUACACCUAGAUAUGCCCUUUUACGGGCGCGGCCAUGAUGGAGCUCACACGCCAUUAGUUUCAUUAGGUUGUCGUUGAUGAAUGUACAAAUUUAAAGUUUCAAAUUUCUGUGAUAAUAUUUUUAACAAAGAGUUUCCAUUUUCACUGAACCUGAGAUCUGUAUAAACAGAGAAAAUUUCUUCAUGUCAGUUCAGGUUAAAAUUUCAGGUAGAUAUUUUGCUGCUCUAAUACUUAAGCCAUACUAAAGAUUGACGAGUUAGAAUGCGGUAAAAAUCGUAACCAGAACCAUAUGGCAUCACUUACAUGUAACAUAUAAGCUCCAAUCUGAGUUAUAAACUGCAUCAACUGGCAUCGCAAGCUCUCAUAUAUAUGUUUUUGAUACAUUUAAAAUGUAAACACAAUUUUCAAAGACCUUUAUCCAAUUCCAUAGAGUAAUUAUUCUUUAAACGAAAAUGUGUUCAUUGUUUUGAAAAAGGUGCAACUGUUGAUUACAAUUUUACCCGUCCCCAUUUUUUAUGACCUGUUUUUGUUGAAAGGAUGCUGGAAAGCGUGUUUGUUAGAUCUGGAAUGAAAACGAAAUUUAUUAUACGAAAUAGAUGGAUAUUGGUUGUUUAUUCAAAUUUACAUGUACCUGUAUAUUUGUAAUGAAUGUUUUUUCUUUCGUGUCAGUCUUGUUUGAAAGACAUUUUUUACCAUGACUACAGAGACAGCUGUAACAGGUGCAAUCAAUCCUAUAUUUCAAUUAAACAUUUUUUUUUGGCUUUUCUAGUAAUUUUACAUCAAAUAUUCAUUUUCCAUCAAAUGUUCACGCCUCAGUGUUGUUUGAGUAAGGGGUGGGGAUGAAGUGUUUAUUGCCCAUGUCCGACCCCUUCUGUCCUGAUUCAGACUAUCAUUACUCUUAGUGGUCGGGAAUGGGUCGCAUUUGAUAAUCUGUUUGGGUCACCUACCCAACAGCAUGGGUUUUCUUCAGGUACUCUGGUCUCCUCCCACAUUAGGACCCUACAGUGUAAGUUUCCAUCCAGACCAACAAGCAUGAGUAUUAUAUGCUUGGAACACUUGUUUCAUAAUGUAGUUAAAUAUAUAAUUAAAGUUUAAAUUUAAUCACUCUAGCAACUUCAUUUUAUAACAGAUAAUUGUCACAUUUUUAUAUAUAAAAUGUAUAACAACUGAAAAAUCUUAAAUGAGUUUAUUUCAUGGUCAAAAAGCCAAGAUCACAGUUACUAUUUCUAGAAAUGAUUUAUGUAAGAUAGAAACUUCAUUUCUUAAACAGAUUUGAUCAAACUUUGUACCAGUUUUGGAAUACCUCAUAUUAGGAUGUACUUUAGAGUCUAAGGUCAAGGCUAAGGUCAGUGUUGAUAUUUCUCAAAAUCAUCACUUAAUUUAGUUUCAUCAUUCUAGCCACUUUGUUUCUGCUCAUUUUCAUCAACUUUUAUACAAAGGUCAAGUCUGUAUAUUUCUCAGAUCAUUUUGUGUCUCAGGGUAACAAGGUCAUGGCCAAGGUCAUCAUUGCUAUUUAUAGAAAUACAUCAACCAUUUCAGUGUAAUCAGUCUAGUUACCUCAUUUCUGAGCAGUUUGAUCUAAAUUAGUAGAGAGGUAACGAUAGAUUGGGAAUACCUUCGAUAAUUAAGUUGAUAUUUGAGGUUGUCAUGGUCACCAUUUGAUAAGUAUUUAUAGAAAUUUGUCAAACAGUGAAAUUCCAUCAGUGCUGUUGCACCCAGUAUUGUAGUAUGACAGUCAUGGCCUGUGUCGAUUCUUCGUUCAAUGUAACCUGUUUUAAAACUUGUUGAUAUUUACUCGUACAGUACUUUGCCUUAUGUUUUAUACCUGAUCAUGGCCAGUGUGUAACACAUAUCUUACGGAGUUUCACCAAGAUACAGCAGAAACAACUCGGUACAAAAUAUAGUAUAAAUUAAUCUAGUUUCUUCUACUUACAUUUCCAUAGUGUAUUAACUCAUUCACCCCUGAAAUUUCAUUUCAUGUGUCUUCAUGAUCAAGGUGGAAUGAGUUAAAGUUAAAAACAAUAGUGUAUUAGAACAUUUUAAGUAUAUGUCAGUUUGCCGUGGGACAGGGGACUAAAUUGUUAUGCUUCGGUGUGGUAUUCUUAUUUUUACUGUUUUUUUUUUUUUUAAAGAAUUACAGUUGUAUAAAAUUAGGGUAAAUGUAUUUAGAAUAUAAGAAAAGCAGAAAUUCUAGUGGUCAUGCUAAGGAUCUAAAAAUGUAAGUCAAAGUGAAAGAUGUACAUAUGUAUACCCUGAAAAGGCACGUUACCUUAAUUUGUCAAAAGAAAGUUCCUUUCCGUUACCUUAUUUUCAAUAACAAAAGCUCAGAAAUGGAACUUUUUUUUUGUAAUUAUAAUUUUUACAAAGGUAUUGUUAGGAAACAUGUGAAGUAUCAUUCUUUAUAACAGUAAUUUGCCCUAAAAAAAUAACUUUCCAUUUAAAUCACAUUUUUUAGUGUUAUAUCUAAGUUAUUGGCGCAUCUGCCUGACGAACAAGUGAGUUAACACAAAUAUAUAUGUAAAAUGUGGUAGGUAGCAAGAACCUUCAAUCAGUUCAUGGUUCAUGAUAAAACUCCAAAAAGUGAGAAAUGUGCAGCUGUUUGUUUCUUCACGGCAUCAAGAAAGUGGGUUUCCUAUCCAUCGCUUAAAUAAAAGUGGUAAAUGGACCAUUUAGAAAACUCAGGUGAAGGUGACUAGACUUUGAGUACAACUUGAUUUGUUUUCAUUGUACAUUCAUCAAGGUUGCUUGAAAAAGGAUUUAAUAUGAUUCUACAUAAAUAUCUGUUAAGGAGAAAAGUUUCUCGGGUCAGAUGCUUUGUUACAAAUCUUGAAAAUGGUCACCCCUGAAAUGUCAUAAUGGACUAUUCCAACCUUUGAAUUGGAAGAGUUCAAAUGUGUCUUCAGGGGUGCAUGAGUUAAGGAGAAUUUUCUUUGCAAUUCUUUGUUACAAAUCUUGAAAAUGGUCCAUUGAAAAUUAAGGUAUGCUUAUAGUGUUCAUUUUGUCUAUUUUUACAUCAAAACUUUAUUUAAAUUGUGUAAGUGUCUGUCGGACCCAUAAUUAUAAUGGUGCUUGAUUGAUUCAAAUUAACCUGUUCUGUUGAGACACCUGACAUUAUCGUGCUAUUUCUGUCUUUAUUUUCUGUUCACAUCAAAAACAUGUUUACAUUUAUCACUGUUUUUUGUCCAUCGUUAUGUUGUAAAUUGUUAAAAUUUAUCAUAGUUAUUAUGAAUGGCCAGAAUAGACGUUAUCCCUUCUUAAUAUUAUUAAAAAAAAGUGUUUGAACAUAUUUAUAUAUUAUAGAGUUAUAUAGUUAUAUAUAUACUUAUAUUGAAAUAUUUAUUACUCAUACCCCUGUGUGUGUAGAUUUUAAUGUUAUUGGUCCGUUAGCUCAUUGUUGUUAGGUAAAGUUUACAUAAAACACAGUUACUUCAGGUCAAACUUCCUGUUCAAAGUAGUAGCAGCAGUUUUGUCAGUAUUGACAGGGAGUUUUUAUAUCAAUAUUAUAGAACAGUCCAGAUGUAAAAAUACCCCUAUGACAAUAUCUGCUACUCUAUAACAGUAAUAUAAUAAGUGCGGGUUCAAGUACGAUGUGGCUGAACUGUGCUAUUUCAAACAAACAUUUAGUAACUUUUAAUUCUGAAGUUGUUCUGUGUUUUUAGGGCGAAAAGAUAAAAGAACGAGAAUUUAGAUUUGUUAAUUCCAAUCUUUUCGAGGCAAAAAGACAAACUAACGAAACUGCACACAUUAGCCACUGUAUUCCAGUAAGUCUCUAUACUUUUUCUGACAGAGAACUGUGCCCUACUGGCCCCUUUAAUAAGAAGUUGUUCUAAAUAUUUAAAAUGACAAUAUUUCUGUGGAUAAUAAACAAAUCAAAUAUUGAAGUUGUCAGCAUGAUUGAUUUUUGAUAACAAGCACUAUUUCAAUGUAUCAGCUGUUUUGUUUAUAGCUGAAUGGUGUGGCAUCCCUUGUACGCCUGGCAUCAACUUUAAUGACUUCUUCUGAUGAACCAAGAGGCCCCAGGGUUAUCAUAGUUGGCCAAUAACUUGCUGAGAUGAAGGGCUAUUCAGUCUGUUUAAAUGAUUAUCUAGUGCAAAAUUCAAGGUCACAAAUGCCAAAUUAAACAACUUCUGAAUAAUCAAGAUUCCGGCCAUUAUAUUUGGCCAGAAGCAUGCUGUGAUGAAGAGCUACCCAGUUUGUUAAGAUGAAUGACCUUGAAACAAUUUCAAGGCCAUAUAGCCAAAUUUGUUAAAACUUCUAUACAACUUCUUCACAACUUCUUCUGAAGAUGAUGAAAUUUUGGCAAAUAAGAUAGUAGUAUGACAACCUAUUUAGCUUGUUCAAAUUACCUUUAUUCACGUUCAAGGUCUGGGGGUAAAAUUUGUUGAAAUAUUUAUACUGCUUCUGGUAAAUCAAGCGGGGAUCCUUGUUGGCCAGUAGCAUGCAGGGAUGAAUGACCUUGACACUCUUUCAAUAUCACACUAAUCAAAUUUGUUUUAACAUUUUUAAAGCUUCUUCUGAAUAGCCAAGAGACCUAUAAGGUCACGGUAUUUGACCAGUGGCAUUGUUGGAUAAAGGACUAUUAAGUUUGUUCAAUUCAGAAUGGCCUUGACCCACUUUCAAGGACACAUGGGGCCAAAUGUUAAAACUUUUAAACAGCUUCUCAUUAACCAAGUGGCAUAUGAUGAUAAUAGUCAGCCAAUAGUACAUUGGAAUGAGGUUCUAUUAUGGCUGUCAAAAGGAAUAAUCUUUACCCUCUUUCAAGGUCAAAUGUGUUAAACAAUGAGGUAAGGAAUAUUGAUUUAGGCCAGGAGUGUACUGGGAUGAAGAUCUUGACCCAGGUCACAGAGGUCAAACUCUUAAAACCUUUACUGACUUCUCGUAUAAACAAAAAGCCUAAGUUAAUUGUAUUUGGCCAGAAGCAUCCCGAGGUGAAGCACUAUCAAGUUUGUUCAGAUGAAUGACCCUUCAAACACUUUCAAGGUCACAGGGGUUUAAAAUUUUAAAUGUCAUCUUCUGAAAAAUCAGGAGGUCUUGAAUCAGGAUAUUUGGCCUUUAGCCUAAUGUUAGGAUUAGUGCUAUGAACUAUGGGAUCUGUAAAUGGACAGGGACUCAAGAUGUUAGAUUCUUUACAAUCAUGUCUCGGAUGCUGGGGAUGACUUGUUUUUAGAGAUAUUUAUAAGCAGACAGGGAUUUUGUUUAAACUUCAUACAAAUACAUAUUUAUCAACAGUUGUUUUACAGUAUGAUCUCUGGAUCAACUACUCAAUGUUUAGCUCACCUGGCCUGAAGGCCUAAGCUAGCUGUGCCGUGGUGGGGCAUCUGUCCGUCCGUCCGUCCUGAAUGAACAUCUUACUUUAAACGAUUUCUCAAUAGGCCUAGGGUGAUGAUAUUUGACAAGUAGAAUGGAUGGAUGAAGGACUACCAAGCCUAUUCAAAUGAAUAAAUUUGACCCCCUUUCUAGGUCAUAGGGGUCAAAUAUUUUUAUUAUUGUUUUUAAACCUACUUCUCGAUACCCUCGAGCUCAAUGCCCAGGGUAAUGAUAUCUGGCUAAUAGGAAACUGGGAUGGAGAGCUUCCAAAGUUAAAUAACCUUGACUCACUUUCAGGUGUCAAAUGUUUAAAAAUAUUCUUUAAAACAGUUUCUUCUUGAUAACCGAAAUGCCCAAAGUAUGAUAUUGGCCUGUAGCUUAACUUAACCCAUUGAAAUGUAUUCAACCUUGGUCGACUGUGUAAGGUUAUUAGUGUGAGAUUAUUGGUAAAACCAGGUGAGAGAUACAGGCCCAAUGGGCCUCUUGUUUCCAGAUUUGAAUGAAGUUUGUUACAACUAGCUCUAGGGUGCUUACCGUUAUACAAUAUACAGAGCAUUUUUUGAUUACUAUAUGAGCUUAUGUUAUAUUACAGUGUCAUUGCUUGACAUCAUUGGCUCAGCUGUUUGUACAUACAUGUACGUAGCAAGGUAACUCCCUCCGUUCACUGUUCACGAUUGUUGAUCCUUUUACACCAGUGUUCCCUACGGUAGUGUUACUAGGGCCGUUUUCGUUUUAACGGUCAAACCGGUCGGACCACAGUUGUUCGUUUAUUAAAUAAGGCCGGACCUAG